CGCAGUUUACGUACGCAAUCAGCGGAGCAGCGGAGCAAAAGGGAAGCUACUGCCACAGAAAAACACUCCUUGAAAAAACGUUUACUUUACAUAACACCCCAUAGAAUAACCCCAGUGACAGCCCCAGUGGGAACCGGAUACUCAUCCAGUGACUGCGUUCCGUGGGUGUUUAUUACCGGAGCUGCUCGGUGACCUGCGUCAUUACACGUACAGUAGCAGAUCAUAAUAGCUAUGCCUGAAAAACAUGUCUCACAAAGAAGAUAAUGGAGGGAAAGGGAGCUCUCACCGUACUGAUCUGUAUGCCAGCAUCCCUCGAACAUGCCUGCCUAUUGUGUACCACUCGGACUAUAACAUCACCUUCAUGGGCCUGGAAAAACUCCAUCCAUUUGAUGCAGGAAAGUGGGGGAAAGUCAUUCACUUCUUGAAAGAGGAGCAGUUAAUCACCGAUGGGAAUAUUGUGGAAGCCUGUGAAGCUACUGAGGAGGAUUUGCUUGUGGUUCACACCAAACGCUACCUCAACAGAUUAAAGUGGUCUCUGGUGGUGGCAACAAUCACAGAAAUUCCUCCUGUUAUGUUUCUUCCAAAUUUCCUGGUGCAACGAAAGGUGUUGAGGCCUUUACGAACACAGACUGGAGGCACAAUAAUGGCAGGAAAACUGGCUGUUGACAGAGGAUGGGCCAUAAAUGUGGGAGGGGGCUUCCACCACUGCUCCAGCGACAGGGGAGGGGGCUUCUGCGCCUAUGCCGACAUCACCCUGGCCAUCAAGUUUCUGUUUGAAAGAGUGGAAGGCAUCUCCAGGGCGACCAUCAUCGAUCUGGAUGCUCAUCAGGGAAACGGACAUGAACGCGACUUCCUGGACGACAGACGAGUUUUCAUCAUGGAUAUGUAUAAUCGCCACAUCUAUCCAAGGGAUGGAUAUGCCAAAAGAGCCAUAAAGAGGAAGGUGGAGCUGGACUGGGGCACCGAGGACUCAGAAUACCUCCAGAAAGUGGAGCUGCACUCAGAGGGAGCGCUCAACGAGAUCCGACCCGACAUCAUCAUUUACAACGCAGGGACAGACAUCUUGGAUGGGGACCCCCUCGGAGGACUCUCCAUAUCACCACAUGGCAUUGUCAAGAGAGAUGAGAUAGUGUUCCGGGCUGCGAAGCGCCGCGGUAUCCCUAUACUGAUGGUGACGUCCGGGGGGUAUCAGAAGAAAACGGCGCGCAUCAUCGCAGACUCCAUCCUUAACCUCCACCGGCAGGGCCUGAUUGGACCGGAGGCGCUGGAGGGGGAGGGGUCGUCGUCGAUGGUGACCAGUAUGAUGUGCGGCCCGGGUUCGUCUGGAUCCACGUUCACUACUGUUUAAUGUGUGGCCUCUGCAGCGAGUCAGCGCUUAAGUAACUCCACCCACCACAGUUCCUCAUGAUGGAAACGCAUUCAUUCACACACACUGGAAAAAAUCUAAAUCUGACCAAGUGUAUUUUUCUCAUUUCUAGCCCAAAUAUCUCAUCACACUUAAAAGGAGACAUAAUCACCUAAAGAGGAA